AUGACCAGCAUUUUAGAAAAACAUGAUACUUAAGAAAUUAUGAAAAUUAACAUAAACACAAAAUAAUUCUACUUAAAAGAUUAGAUGGGUAAGGCAAUUAUCCACCAUCUUCUUACAGUAAUAGAUGGAUAUCAUUAUAGAGCAAACAAUAAUACUAUGAUUAGUUUAAUCAACCGAGUUAAUGUUAUAACAGGAAUGGAGAGGAGAAAUUUUGAGUAGUUGAAAAUGUCAUCGGAUAAUUAACAAUUUUUUGUGGGUUUGAUUGAAAAAUCUUAUAUCAAUCCUGUAAGAUUCCAAUUGCACUGUUUAAUUCAACUCAAUUCCGAAGUUCUCAACAAUAAAUUUUAUUACGAUUUUAAUCUUUCCUUUUGCUGAUCCCUCAC